AUGACAGCAUGGGCCCGUGUGCCAACCCCCGCCUCCAGCUACCGCCAACCCAACCCUGCCACAUAUUCGAGACAGCUCCGUGACAGCUUCACCAUCCCUCUGCCCUCUUCCACUUCACUCAACAUUCCAGCUUCUGCUCUUCAUGACUUCCAUACGGGCAACACUUUCUUCACGAUUUUCAAUUUCCACUUACGGCUGAUGACUGCGACUCGAUCUAUUUCCACGUCUCUGAGCAUGUCAAUCCUCACACCCUACCAUUCGCCGACGACCGGCGCAAUGGCACCAACAAGCUCCCAACGGCCUUCACGGCACGAUCUCCUUCUACUGUUAAUCAUUCUCUUCUUUUCUUUCUCAACGACAGCCUUUGUUUUCGCGACAUUGCUCUACAGCAGUCUCCCCGCCUUCUCAACUUCCCAGAAAAAGCAAAAUCAGAAGCACACGGCACCCCGCAAAACGAUUCUGAUCACGGGCGCAAAUACGCCUCUAGCCUUGACCCUGGCUCGCCUCCUCCAUGCUGAAGGCCAUAAAGUCUUAGCCGCCGACCAAGAGUCCUUUCCCCUGGUCUCGCCCGCGCGCGCCUCGAAAGCCGUAACGAAGUUCUACAAACUCGGCCAAUCUGCGACCACCACGAGCCACCACGUCCAGAAAGGCAACAGGGGAGCAAAAAUCACUCGCUUCGGAUCAAUCUCACACAACUUUGCUUCUGCCGCGAAGAGCGCUUCUGAGGCGCAGCUUUACGCCCGAGACAUCGAAGCCAUUGUGCACCAUGCGGGUAGCGUCGAUCUAUGGAUACCAUGCGAUCAGACCACACCGCAGGUGGUGCUUGCAGCAGCUCGGGAGGUCAUAAUCAAGUCGGGCGGAGGAGCUGUCUAUGCGGACUCUAGGUUCGCACAGCUCGGUGGUGAUGAGGCUGCUUUUGGGGAGUGCAUCGGGGCGCUAGACACACCUAUCAAAGCACCUGAGAGACGAGUCGUAAAAACCAGAGGAGAGAUACAUCGGAUCCUACACCGCAGUCCGAAAGGUCGCCAGUAUCUCCUCGAGAAGCUCCAGCCUGCCGCAGACACCGAAAAGACAGCUAUCACGAACGGCAAUGGUACGAAACGAGAUUCUGGCCUGGCUUUGAGCUUAGACUCUAGCCCUACGAUCAGUUCUGAUGGAGACAUGACCGAAAUAUUCGCAUCCUUGCUCCUCCCACAGCCUACUAUCAACCAGACAUACAGCGCCCUCGCCUCCCGCCACAUUUCCGCCGACGAGCCUUGGGUCCUCCACGAGAUCAUGGAUGACUCAGGCACAGAAGCCUCCACACACUGUCUCAUCGUCGACAGCUCCGUGAAGACCUUUAUCGCGACAUCUUCCACCUCUUCGAAGACCUCAACGCCCUCCCAGUCCGCCACCACCAACGUCCUCAGCGGCUCCGGGGCCAUCGUGUCCUCGUCUUCCGCACUGCACUCCACGCUCCUGGCCUUCACAGCCUCAUUCGCAGCCUCAAUGCCAGCCUCGACGUCCACGCAUCUGUCGCUCUUGUUCCAUCUUCACGAAACACCGACACCGACUGGCACGGCUACGAUCGUGAUACCCAGGUCGUGUACCACAGCGCCUCACCCGUCGCUUGCACUGCUUCUUGGACCCUCCAGCAACACGUCUCAAAUCAAGCAGAUCGCAGCAGCGUAUUCCUCGGCCGCUUCACCCUCUGUUCCACCCCUGACCAACGGAACGAGCAGCCAAAACACAGCACCCGUGACGCUGAACCAGACUGCGAAACUUGGCCAUUUUGGACUCUACUCGCUGCCGCGCUUGAUCUUGGACCUCCUAGUCCUACCCCUGCUGAACCUGCUCCUCCUACGCGCUUCUUUGGUAGACGUGAUAGCCAGCGCAGCCACCUUCGGGCUGUGCAUCGUCUUCGGCAAAGAGGAGCGGUGGGCGUGGGCGGAUGCGGGGGCGUGGUGGUGGGAGUGGCACGUUGCAUUCCCAAUCAACCUCCUUCUUGGCGUGUUUUCCAGGCGGUAG